AUGUUGGGUCCUACUCCAGCCCGUAAUCCGCUCUCUUUCACUUUUGAGGACGGCGAUUCCGAGUUUGAUGCUGAGACGACAAUGCCUGAUUAUGAGCCCAUGUCUCCCGUUGUCGCCAAUCUUGAGAAGAUGGUUGCCAAUCGCAAGACCGCUCCCACAUCUCAAGCAUGGACAGCACCCCCCCCCGAGUCGCCCAUUGAGGCUUUCCUCUCCCGGCCCGAGACUCCCAACUACCCUUACAACAGCUGGAACUCUACCUCUGCGUUUACCAUGCGUAAUGGCCAGGUCUAUAGCUUUGGUCAGCUUCAAAUGAUGUCCCUCGAAGUUGCUGAAGCCAGACGCAACGGAGAAUUCCCCCCUACCAACGAGCCCACUCUCGAUGCCAAUGCUGUUGCCGAAGACUUCAACUCGCUCACCUAUCUUCGACGCCUUCGUGGCAACCUCCUUGCUCCUGCUCCUCAAUCGUACACCCACUUCCGCGAGCAGGUUGCACUCGGCAUCCAGGUCCGUCAGGCAUCUCUCAAGCGUGAGACUGAUCAAGAAGUCGCCCGACGUGUUGACCACUACCUUCAAGCUGUGGAAGCUGAGCAGCGCUAUUACAACGCUAGCAACAACAUACUCCAGCGUCGUGAGGUCGCCAAUCCUACUCAACAAGACUUCAUCGGACCCCACGAUGAUAUGUGCUCUAUGGUGGAGCAUACUAUCGAGCAGGGCAUCUCCGAUGCCACUGGACCCCUCCGCAUGAACGUUUCUAAUCUCAAAAAACAAGGCGAAGUCUUCCAGGAGCAGACUGCCCUUCUACAGCAGCAGAACGACAUGUUCCAACGACAGACUGAUGGGCUUGUUCAACAGCAGAGCGGUCUCCUGCGACAGCAAACCGAUGUCUUCCGGCACCAGACCGAUGUCUUUCAGCACCAGACUCAGGAGCAAAACAGACUCUUCCAGCUACAUGCAGGCCAGCAGAAUGACCUCUUCCUGCAGCAGCACAGCAUGUUUCUGAAUCACAAGGCUAGCCUUCGGGAACAGAGCCGUUUCUUCAAGAAGCAGACCGACACUCUAGAGCAGCAAAACAGAGUCAUGAAUGCUUCUGUCACCCACUUAAGUAACCUUAUUGAGCCUCAGAUCUAUAACAACCAGGCUACCGCCCAGACCCUCGCUUCUGCCAAUCAGCUUUUCGUCGACUUGUCGAAGCAACUCCCUGAGACCAUCCGAUGCGCUGUAGAGGAAGCUUCCCAGAAACAAGCUCGCGAGCUCAUUGAGCAAGCUCUUCAAAUCCAGCAGAUGGCUAUCGCCAACCCGCAGCCUGAUGCCAAAACCAUCAGCGCUCCGGUUGAAGAGGCCCAGGAAAAGAAGGCCGUCGCUGUUGAUUCCGCUAGGGCCGAGCGAAGUGAGCGAUCAUCCCUCUACCGCAUGGUGCGCAAGUUCAAGCGCCAGCGCAUCUCUUCGUGA